GGCAGGAGGAAAAUCGAUUAGACCAAGGACCAGAACAAUCCUUCGCAAGUCGGUGAAGUCAACGUUCCCAAAACCGAAGAGGAGUUCACCGACGAAGACUGCAAAAAGAUGGAGCUCAACGCAAAGGCAAUAAACAUGAUUUAUUGCAGUGUUAACGUGGAUGACUACCGCAAAAUCUCGCGGUGUGAAACCGCAAAACAAAUGUGGGAGAAAUUGGAGGUCACCUACGAAGGAACCGCGCAGGUUCGGGAGGCCAAAAUCGACCAUCUCACCCAUGAGUACGAACUCUUCUCAAUGAAGGAAAACAAGAAGACUGAGGAAAUGUUUGAGAGGUUCUCUAACAUCAUUAAUCCCCUCAAUCUUCUUGGGAAGACAUACACCGACCGAGAACUUGUAAGAAAGGUGCUACGAAGCUUAUCCCCAAAAUGGCGUUCAAAGGUGGACGCUAUUGAAGAAGGACGCGACUUCCAAACAACGACCAAUGAUGCUCUUCGAGGUAACCUCAUUACCUACAAAACCACCCAACUCUCAAAGGUGGUUGAAGAGAAGAGCAAGAGGUCUAUUGCUGUACCCGCAACAACAUCAUCCCACAACAACGUUGAUGAUGAAGAUGAUGACAACGACGACACCGACCUCGGACUCUUCGUACGAAAAUUCAAGAAGAUGAUGCUCAAGAGGGGAGCCAAGAAGAACACUCCACCCAAGUGCUAUGGGUGUGGUGAAAUUGGACACAUCAAACCAAUGUGCCCAAAGCUCAAGAACGAGAAGGACAAGAGGGCACCGAAGAAGCAACGUGCCUACAUUUCUUGGGAGAACGACGGCUCCGGGAGUGAAGACUCGGAAACGGAGGAAGUGGCCAACUUAUGUCUCAUGGCCAUUGAAGAUGGAAUUGGAGAAGGUCAGUCUACGUCUAGGCCACCACUCUUUGAUGGCACCAACUAUUCCUAUUGGAAGGAACGGAUGAGAAUCUAUAUCCGUUCCACCAAUUUCCAAUUAUGGUUGGUCAUCAAAAAUGGAGAGCAAAUCCCAAUGAAGAAAGUAGGAGAAACCACAGUCCCAAAAACCGAGGACGAAUUUGAUGCCGAGGACAUAAAAAAGGUGGAGAACUACGCCAAGGCAAUCAACAUGCUGUACUGUGCCGUCAAUCCUGAUGAUUAUCGCAAGAUCUCUUGCUGCACCACUGCAAAAGAAAUGUGGGACAAGAUGGAGGUUACAUAUGUGUUGGAGUUGUGCCCUCAUGGCCAACUGUUUAUCGUUAUUCUAUCAUGUAUAGGCAGAUAUAAUAUGUUUACACAUCUCAUGCUAAUGUAAACAAAUAUUAUAUUCCUAGAUUUAUAUUUAAAAGAUGUUUAUCAGAUAGUGGUAUUCUGCUGAUGAGACUAACAUCUUGAAAUAAAUAUUUAUCUAAAUG